CUGGCAUAUGGAGAAGUUCCUAAGAGCUCUGCAUACAAUUUUACACAACAUGCCAGCAAGACGGGAGGGUUUCUGUAAUCUCACAAAGUCCAAAAUCUUCGCUUUGCCUUUUUGUGGUCACCGCUGGGUCGAGAACCUCCCAGUGGCGGAGAGGGCCCUUGUCAUCUGGCCAGAUAUGAUGAAGUAUGUUGAGACUGUUAGCACCAAAAAGCUUCCUAACCCUGGGACGUCCUCCUAUGAUAACAUUGAGGCGGCAACCAAAGACCCUCUCAUUCUGGCAAAGCUUCACUUUUUCAUGGCAGUGUGUCGAAGUGUAACACCUUUCCUUACCAAAUACCAGACUGAUGAGCCUGUGCUGCCUUUCAGUGGUAAUGACUUGGCUGAACUGCUGAAGAGUUUGCUGAGGCGAUUCAUCAAACGAGAACUUCUCAAUGAUGCCACACCUCAGCAUUUGGUCCGGCUUGAUGUUAGUGACACGCAGUCCAGGGUUCAUCUAAGAGCUGUUGAUAUUGGCAUUGGAGCUGAGGCUGCAAUAAAGGUAUUUAGGAAAUACAUCAUGUGUAACCAGGCUGUUCCUGGUGUCCCUGUUGUUAGACUGGUCUACUCAGCCCCUCACUGGAUUAGCUAGAAGGAAAGAGGAGGGAGAGGAAGCUAUUUACUUAAUUUAGUCCCCAUUUAUCCUUAGGAACGUCAGCGGCAGAGUAGAUCCACAGAGGAACUUUCUGUCCUCCAGUUCAGAAAGGAAUGCAUGGAGGGUCUGUCCAAAAUUAUGAAGAAGAUUCAAGAGAAGAGCCCUUUGAAAUUCCCAACUGUAAGACAAAUGACUUGUCUUAACCCAGCCAUGAUGUAUUCGGAUCCUGAAUUGUGUCAGGGCCAGAUUAAGUGUCUAGUCAAAAGGUUUCUCCAAGACAAGCAGUUAGACGGGGUUGCUACAGGUGGUCUGAUCAUUCAGCAAUUUUCACAAUUGUUGUCCCUGGAGGUGAGGAUGAGAAGUUCCUGUCCUUCAAGCCCCUCGAGAAGAGGCUGGAUGUGUUUCUCCAUCCUUAUAUAAGUCAGCCCUACUCACAGCUCUGAGCUUUCAACAGAAACCUUCUGCUCCUCUCCCAUGGGCAGGCUAUGGUGGAGAGGGGCUUCUCUAUCAAUAAACAAGUAGAAACUUGUAAUAUCCAAGAGGACACUUUCAUUGCACAAAGAGUUGUGUGUGAUUACGUGUCCAUGCAUGGAGGUGUUACCAGGGUGCCCCUCACACCAGAGCUCCUGUCUUCAGUCACAUCAGCAAGGGUGAGGUACAGGAUGCAUCUCGAAAGUGAACGAAAGAAAAAAGAAUCUCAAGCACAUAGUCAAAAAAGAAUAAUGAUUGAGGAGGAGUUGGAGCAGCUAAAAAAGACAAGACAGACCAUCCAGGAAGUUGCGGAGCAUCUGAAGAGGGAUGCAGACAAGAUGGCAGAGGAGGCUGAGGGCAAACAAGGCAGCAAAAUGGCAGAGCUAAUUGCCAAGUCAAACGCAUUGAGAAGAAGCCACAAGCAGAAGUUGACAGAACUUGUGAGUCUGG